CCCUAGGACCCAUACCGAUAAGACUACAUUUGUAUAAAUCAAUGUAUAGAGAUAGUAGACAUAUUAUAAAAGAGAUGAGUUAAUGAUGCGUUACAACGGCUUUAUAUCAUAUUUGUAUAUACGGGCAGUCCGGAUGAUAGCGACAAGAAGCCGACGAUUGUAAUUCGAUACCGAUAUACCGAUAACAACAACCUGCGCUGUCACGUUACGCUCAUCAGUGCAGUUCCCUAUAUCCCGGCGUGGUGUUUGUGCGCUUCCAUUCGUGUGUGCGUGUGCGUGUGCGCGGUGGGCGCGCGCGCGCCUCUCUCCCCGUGACGUCCCUGACAACGUUUUCCCAAGAAAAAAAGCCCCCCUUUUCAACUCGCAACAAUUCGCAACAAUUGUACCCGCAAUAUUGACAAUCCGAACCGUGUAUAUAUUAAUAGUGCCGCGACGCCGCCUAUUUUAAUUGGUCAAUAACAGCGCGUUCAUUCCUCGCUGCGGUGGGCCGCUGUGGUGCUUCGAUGGGGAUGGGAAAAGGCGCUCGUCGUUAUUCAUUCAUUUUUAUUCUAAUACGAACGGGAUUUUGCGAUAAAGUUACCGUUAUACAUUGACCUUGGAAUUUCUACAGAUUAUCUGCAGAUAAUACCUCGCCCAACGAAGGAAAAAAAGGAGAAACGUCAAACAUCUCUCGAGUUGCGUGACAAAAUUUUCGCUUUUUAUAAACUCAAAAUAAGAAUUUUAAUGGGAGUCUACGAAAGAUUCGAAUGAGAGACGGUGCAAAAAUAAAAAAUUUCGCAUAUAUAUAUUGUCCGGAAAUAUAGUCCGCGCGAAUAUAUUGAAAGCUCAUCGACGACUCUUUUUAUUUCGUUCCGAUUGAGUUUUAUAUUAUAAUCGAUCGCGGGCGCGAGAUUAUUCGCGCUCGUCGUUCGAUCCAUCUCGGCUGUCAACCGGAUUUUAUUAACUUUUCACCGAAAAAUAAUAACUCCGACUUGGAGCGUCCGGACUUGAAAUAUUGAACCAUUCAGUUUUAUUUUCCUCAAUUAUAUAUGCGACAAUAAUUUCAAGCGUAAAAGUGUGACCGCGAGGAAAUGAGGCGUUACCAGCAACGGGCCCAAACGGACGUAAAAGGGCGAGCAUAAAGGGAGCAGGAGAUUAAAUAAUCGUCAUAUAUCUCUGCGCUGUGUGAAACUCAAUAUUGAAUCAUCAGUUUCGACCCAAUUAUUACCGGCUAUUAUAAUUCAGUUAGUCGAACAUAUUAGUCGGAAUGAAGCGACAGUGCGCGAUUGUGCUUUUCGUUGUGUUGGGUUACACGUGGGCGAACAAUUCAGUGGACGUGGUGGCGAGUCAUUACUCGUUUCCUAACUGUCCACAACUCAAGUCACAGGAAUCUCUCGAUCUUGAUGGGAUAAUGGGAAAAUGGUACGUGGUCGAAGUGCUGGACCAUAGAACGGAGCCUGCAAGGGGAAUGAGCGCGACACGAGUGACGGUCGAUUCGUGUCCGGUGAUCAAACUCAGAUCCGACGACAGAGGACUUUUGCGAUUACUCUGGAAAGAGGAAGCGGGAGAUGUUGAAUAUAUGUUCAGGGUUUCUGACCCGGUCCAUGGACCAGGCUUUUGGCAUUCCGCGUCUCAGCAAAAUGGUACUUUGACCUUGAAGACAUACGCCCAAUUCGCUGGUACGGUUCACGUUAUGAAAGCUGUAGGGAAUCACAUGGUUUUGACAUUCUGCGCUGGUCAACCGGACGACCAAUUGUACACGGUGCUCAUGUCGAGAGAGCACAUACUCCAGCGAAGCAACAUCAAGGGCGUUCAUAAUCUUUUGGCUCGACGUCAUUUGAGUAUCGGGAGUGUACGCGAGACUUGCGCCAAAGGUGGAACAUCGACCAUGACCCCGAUCGGCCUCUUGACGAUCGGUUUGUGCUGGCUCGUUUCGUCGAGGCUCUAUAUUCACUCGUCCCAAUAAAAACCCUCUAUCGUGCGCGCCUGCCUUCAUCUCCGCGGCGCGUGCAUUUUUCUUGUCGUCCCGCCGCGGAAACCUCGUCGUUAUAUUCCGUUUAUUCCGUUUAAGCUCGACCUUGCCAAGUGCAUGGCCGAGCUACGCUUUUUAGCAUUCUUUAUUAGCCCCAUACCUACUUAUUUAUAUUGACCGCCGACAGUUAUCUAUUCUAUAGACGACGAUGAGAUGGAAUUUCAUCGCACGCGCGCCCGCGCAUCUGUGCUCCGUGCCCAAACAAUAAUCCCAAAGACGAGGUAAUUCCUCUUUAUUUAAAAACUCUUCUUAGUAUCGAGAGCCCGCACCGCCGCGCAGGAGCGAUAUAUAAAAUAUAAUAUAGAUUUUAUAUCGUGCACGUACCACGCUCGAUAUAAAUGUUGAAAUUCUUUUUUUUUUUUUUUUUUUUCAUCUUUUCCAACUCAUCCCGAUUCGUUUGACUGAAAAUUUUUUGAAGCAGCUUAUCGCGAAACUCGGUACAAUAACUAUAAAAUGAUAAACGAUCGCGCAACGAUAAUAAUAUAUGACGAUAUUAUAAUUAUAUAACGAAAUAGUAACGAUAUAUAAUGAUUGUUCGAAUGAAAUUCAUGUUACCUCAAUUUUCGGUCGUUGCAAUGAAUUAUUCAUUAUUCAAAGUUAGGAUUAGCUUAGUUAGCCCCGAAAAUAGAUACCCGUUUGAACGAAUGCGAAAAGAUAAUUUUUUUCAUUGAAAUCCGGAAGCAAGCAGGAGCUGGCUCACCAUUGUGUUUCUACAUACGCAGCAGCCCCUCAAAUCUUUCGUUUCAAUGAAUAUAACACCGAUAUAUUGUAAAUACAAUCGUUAAUUAAUAUUAAUAUACACGAAAUAUGAAAAUGCAAUCGAUAUGCAUGUGUGUGGAAAACAAAUCUAUAAAAUAAAGGAUCUUUACCAA